UUUACCAAGUCGGCGCCAAACCCUCAAUUUCGUCAACGUCGCUCAAAUACCAGAAACAGCGACUGCCACAGACUCGAGUGGGAACUCAAUCCCUCCCUCAGAGAAAGAGCUCCCUCUCGCCCCAGAAAUCCCCAGCAGGCGAGGCGCAGAGAGCGAAAGAGGCGUCCCGACACGAGGGUGCGGCGGCGUGCCUGGCAACACCCGCGCCCACGUUCCCCCCGACGCCAUCGAGGAAGAAGAUGUCUGAGGAAGCGGACGGCCCGGACGCGCUCAAGGCGGCUCCAGGGGAGUCAGGAAACGUAGAUGGCGACAACGAAGGAGGCUCGGGCCCGCCCAUGGCCAUGCGCGGCGGGCGUGGGGGUUUCAGAGGAAGAGGGCGAGGGUUUGGACCCAUGGGCCCAAUGGGACCCAUGGGGCCAAUGGGGCCAAUGGGGCCAAGAGGACCCGGGGGGCCUGGGGGACCCCCGGGCCCUGGUGGCCCUCGCUUCAGAGGCCGAGGAGGACCUGGCUUCCGACCCCCUCCCCCGGGGUUCAGGGGCCCCCCACCUUUUGGUCCCAGGGGACCGCGAUUUGGCCCACGUGGACCCCCACCUCCAUAUGACCCCAACUGGGGUCCCAUGCCACCCCCUCCACCUGGCAUGGGGGGACCAAUGGGACCUCCUGGCAUGCCUCCCAUGGGGCCAAUGGGUCCGAUGGGCCCCAUGGGGCCACCUGGACCCUGGGGACCAAUGGGGCCACCAGGUCCUGGGGGACCACCCAGCCAGCAGCCCAACCAAAAUCAACAGAAUUCCUUUGGAGGAAUGGACCUAAGUGGAGAAAUUUGGGUUGAGACCAAGACCGGUGAGGGCAAAUCCUACUACUACAAUGCACGCACGAGAGAAACCACAUGGACCAAGCCUGAGGGUGAAGGAGUCAAGAUUCUCACACAGCAAGAGGUUGAAGCUAUGGCUCAGGCAGCAGGAGUGACACCGGGCAGCCAGGGGGGAAAUAACAGUGGGCCACCAAACUCAGGUGCUGGAGCUAACUCAGGCAACAACAGUGGCAACCAGCAGGGUCCUGGUGGUGGAAGUGGGGGCAACAGCAGCAGCAAUGGGCCCUCAAACCAAGAGAAUGGGGACGAUGAUGGCGACGACAGUGAGAAUGGCCCAGGAGGCUGGCAGGGGCCCCAGGGUCAGUGGGGGCCUCCUGGUGGGGGUAUGGGUCCUCCACCUGGUGGCCCACCCUUUGGGAUGCCACCAGGUGGCCCCUACCCAGGCCCGGGGGGACCGCCUCCCUAUGGCAUGCCUCCAGGACCUCCAGGUUUUGGCCCUGGUCCUGGUCCUGGUUGGAAUGGCUAUGGGCAUGGCAUACCCCCAGGUCCCCCCAUGGGACCACCUGGUUGGGGUAUGCCCCCUCCAGGCAUGGGGGGGAUGCCCCAGGGGGGGAUGCCAGGACCCAUGGGUGACCACCAGCAGCAACAGCAACAGCAGCCACAACAACAGCAACAACAGCAGCAGCAACCACAGCAGCAGCAACAGCAGCAGCAUGAGCAAGAAUCUUUAACAGGACCUGACGGUAGCAACACAGGCCCUAGCGGCAGCACCACCACCAGCGAGAGCUCUGUGACCAACAAUAGUUCUGCGAUCGUGGUUCAAAGUAGCACAACUGUUGUGACACAGGGCGCACCCUCGUCCUCAGUAGAUGACUCCAACCUAGAUCCUGAGAUGGUGUCCCAGGCAGCCCACUGGACAGAGCACAAGGCCCCAGAUGGCAGAAGCUACUACUACAAUUCCAAGACUCUGGAAUCGGUGUGGGAGAAGCCACAAGCCAUGAAGGAUUUGGAAGCGGCAAGGUUAGCCCUCGCACAGGGCAUCACUUUAUCAGUCAGUUCUGGCCCAGGAGCGCCAGGCACAGAGACAAAGCCCAUACAGGAGACUGCUACACCCAAGGUGAAUGGGGACAGAGCAGAGUCUCCAGAUAACAAGGACACCCCCAUGGAGGUUGAUAAUGAUGAUUCAAAGGACGCAGAUGCAGAUGAUCAGAAGAGCCAGCAGGACUUGAGCCGGCCAGUGUCCUCUCAGCCUGUGUCUGGAACUCCUUGGUGUGUUGUGUGGACAGGAGAUGGCAGGGUCUUUUACUACAACCCCACCACUAAAACCUCAGUCUGGGAGAAGCCACCAGAUCUGAUGGAUCGACCUGAUGUUGAGAAGAUGGUGAACAACCCUCCUGCUGAGGUGGUAGGUCUCAAGAACAAAGCUGAAGAACCAUCAAAAGAUGAGCCUGCCACCAAGAAAGCACGCACUGAUCAGACACUCAUAACCUCAGCUGUGACCACUACACAGCCAACCAUCAUUAGCCAAGUCAAAGAAGAUGUGAAGCGUAUAGAUAUUGGCAAAGAAGCUGCUAUAGAGGCAGAGGUCAAGGCAGCCCGAGAGAGAGCAAUAGUGCCACUUGAAAUUCGCAUGAAGCAGUUCCGAGACCUUCUGGCAGAGAAAGGGGUAUCGGCUUUCAGCUCCUGGGAAAAGGAACUCUCAAAGAUAGUGUUUGACUCCCGAUACCUUCUGCUUACGUCCAGAGAAAGAAAGCAGGUCUUCGAGAAGUACGUAAAGGAGCGCGCAGAGGAGGAGAGGCGGGAAAAGCGUAACAAGCUGAAGGAGCGGAAGGAGGAGUUCCGGAAGCUGUUGGAGGAAGCAGGCCUCAAUGGGAAGUCAUCAUUCAGCGACUUUGCAGCCAAGUACAGCAAGGACGACCGCUUCCGCAACAUUGAGAAGAUGCGAGAGAGGGAGAGCCUCUUCGAUGAGUUCCUCCUUGAAGUGCGGCGUCGGGAGAAGGAGGAAAAGGCAGCUAAGCGUGAGCAGAUCAAAAAGGACUUCUUUACCAUGCUGAAGGAGGCAGACAUUGAUCGCCACAGUCGGUGGUCUGAUGUCAAGCGUAAGCUUGACAGUGACCCCAGAUACAAGGCUGUUGAGUCAAGUGUUCAGCGCGAGGACUGGUUCAGGGACUACAUGGUCAAGAUUAAAGAAGAGAGAAGGCGUUCGCGUGACCGAUCUAGGGAUCGCGACAGGGAAAGGGAUCGUGACCGUGACCGUGACCGUGAGAGGGAGAGAGAUCGUGACAGGGAUCGUGAAAGAGAAAGAGGAGGAGGGGAGCGGGAGAGAGACCGAGAAAGAGGAGAGAAAGAGAGGGAAAGGAGAAGCAGAGAGUCCAGGGACCGCAGCAAGGAGCGUGAAAGGUCAAAGGACCGCAAGGAGAAGAAGAAGGAAAAGAAGGACAAGGAGAGAGACAAGGACAAAGACAAGGAGCGAGAGAGAGAGGAGAAGAAGGAAAAGGAGAAGGAGAAAGAAAAGGAAAGGGAAAAGGAGAAGAAGGAAGAAGAAGCACAUGACAACAACCAUGAAGAGGGAGAAGAUGUGGAAGACAACCAUAAGAGCGAGGUUAGGAGCGUCAAAUUGCCUGGCAUGGGUGAAGAUACAGGGAGUGAUGGAGCUGAGGAGGAGUGUGAGGAUGGAGAGGCCAAUGAAGCAGCAGAGGAGGAAGAGCGAGAGCGCCAGAGAAGGAUCGAGGAGUCGCUCAGAAAGCGUGAGGAGGAGGUGCAGCGUGCUCUAGCUGGCCACCUCCGUGACCGUGACAAGGAACGCAUGCAGCACAAGCACGAUGAGGCCGUGCACAAUUUUAAUGCACUCCUUGCUGACUUGUUUCCGUUGUUCCAGGUACGCAGUACAGACUACACCUGGAAAGAGGCUAAGAAGUCCCUCAAGAAGGACUCGCGCUGGGAGUCGGCAGGGGCCCUUGACCGGGAGGAGAAAGAGAAGCUCUUCAACAACCAUGUCGAGAACCUGACAAAGCGCAAAAGAGAGAAGUUCAGGGAGCUACUGGAGGAGUUGCCUGAUCUGCAUCUGGCCUCCAACUGGAAGGAUCUGAAGAAGGAACUCAAGGAUGACCCCCGCUACACCAAGUUCUCCUCCUCAGACAAGAAGUGCGAGAGAGAGUUCCGUGAAUACCUCAAGGACAAGCUGGUGGCAGCUAAAGCAGAUUUUAGGGAACUUUUGAAGGAGACAAAGUGCAUCACCCACCGCUCAUUAAAGAUGUGUGGGGAGGGUGAGCAGCAUCAGCGUGACAUCCUGGAGGUGCUGCGAAAGGAUCGGCGUUACCUGGUUCUCGACUGCCAGCCGGAGGAGCGCUCCAAGAUCCUUAUGGCCUAUAUGGAGGAGCUGGAGAAACGCGGCCCCCCACCCCCGCCCACUGCAUCCGAGCCCACCAGACGGAAAUAAAGAAAUUGACUGUUGAUAUUCCAUUCCGUUUAGGGAUUGGGAAUUAAGGGAGUUUACAGACUGACAGUUACUUGACUGCUUGGGAAUAGGUAGAUCCAGAUUUAAUUAAUUUUUUUUUUCAACGUUCUGGUGAAAAUUUAUCACAUAAAAUAUGUACAUUUUUAUUAACCCUUAUUAUUUUUUUUGAUCUUUUUAAUUCUUAUUUCCACAUUGUACAUAAUCAACUAUUUUUCUCAAUUUUUUUCUUAGGGGAUAGGGGGUAGGGUAGGAAAGACAUAGAUGAAUGUGUCUGUGGCAUUCAGUGUGGGGAUGUGAUUUUGUAUGUCAGAAUUAGCUGGUAAAGGAGAAUUUGUAACUUUGGAAGCAUUAUUUUAGAUACAUUGACAUGGCUGUAUGCAUUACAGGAAGUCUCUAAAAAUGUAUUGACAAUUUCCAAAGAAUGUAGGAGUUUUAAUUAGUUCCUUAGUACAUU